AUGUACAACGACCCUGCCAUAUUGGAUUGCUGGCUAUCUAGGGUAUUUAAUUCCCACGGCGAUGAGACGACGAACGCCAACCCGAACUUGAAGCGACCCCGAGAGCUCGAAACAACAACCCCUCCAUCUGCGGCCACGCAGACCGUGGGCGAAUCACCCGGUCCUAAGAAGCGAAAGAUUAACGACAGCAGACCCGAGAGCCAUGAACCUGGCCUGGAUCCCGAUGCAACGCCCCGAUCGGGCCGGUCGUUACGUCUCUCAGCCAACACCCUCUCAAUGGGAACCGCUUUCCCCCUACCAUCCAGCCUAGGCUAUUCCUCCGCUGCGUCUAUCGUAUCCGACCACCAAAAUACCCGCUCGAAAAAUUUUCGCCGCCGCGCCAGACCUGUGAAGAACAUCGCGGGGUUACAACACCUCGACAAGCCCAUUAUGUUCAGCUCACUCGACGACAAUGCCGAGAUUGAGGCUCUAUACACGGAUCGUCCACCCCCAGACUCUGUUUACCGCAAACCUGGGGAAGGGUACAGCCAAGAUGGAAUAGGACAAGACGAGGAGCGCGUUUUUGACUAUUUUCCCCUCUCCGCUCUGUUUUCCGGUACUCGGCAGGGCGCCUUGUUUCAAACACGCAUCACUCACGCCGAGCUCUACAAGGUCCGCAGCAUCAAAGUCCACGCUAGGGAGUGUUCGACUCUCCAACGCGCCGAGGCCGCGUGGAACACCCAGGUUCACGAACCACUCUUGGAGCUUGCCUUAUCUAGGCAACAUACGUCCGUGAUAUGGGAGAACGCAACGUCGGCUCGUAUUCUACCUCACUUUCUUCCAUAUCUCGUUACGGGUGAGGUGGCCGAGGGCAAGGUGGUGGACUUUGUACUGGCGCCUAAUCUCGACUCGGAGUCAGAACUCGACUUUGCUAUCCAGAACAAACUCGUCGCCCAGGCCAAGCAAAUGAAGCCCUCUGGAUUCGCUUCGGGCCACCUUUACGUUAACCAACCCGAUUACCACCCCCUGGUGCGCGCCCCUACUGCAGUAACCAUGGUGGCCAAAGUUGCCGGGGCGAGUCUCGAGGAGGGGCAAUUGCAAUUGGGCAUAUGGACCGCAGCUUGGCAUAGGCGGAUGGAAACACUCGGUAUCGGCGGCGGGAAACUAGGCCCGCAGCUGCCUACGCUGCCCCUCAUCCUAACCCACGAUCACGAGUGGUCUCUUUACUUCGCAGUCGACCGUCUGAACAAGAUCGAAGUUUUCGGUCCCAUACAGAUCGGCAUGACUGACACCCUUCGAAACAUCUACAAGCUGCUUACCGUACUUGGCUUCCUCGGCGCUUGGAUUGAUACCACCUUUCGCUCCUGGGUCUUCAAGGCUUUCUGUCCCCGGACUGAUUGA